AUGCUUAAGGGAUUCAAACGUGCGGGUCGCGAUGCUUCAAGUAAGAGCAGAAUCACAUCUGCAGACAUUUCUGCUCCGGCCGCAGAUCAUAGUAAUGCUGUGAAACACAUGAAAACGGUACCUAUAAGGAGUGGAUCUUCGGCCUCCAGCCACUCAAUGAGAGCAGGUCCAAAUGGUUUAGCUCUGGAAAGAGUCAUUAAAGCUCUGUACAACUAUCAGGCACAAUCUCCCAAGGAACUGUCUUUUAUCAAGGGCGAGUUUUUUGUAGUGCGCGCUGAAGAUAAAGAAUGGUACGAUGCAGCGGAUCUCAACGAACAGCGGAGAGGAAUGGUUCCAAAGAGUUAUUUUGAAAGCUUCUCAAGAAGAGGGUCAGAUCCUGCGCACGGUCAUCCAUACGGAUCCGCGGAUAGAUCAUACCCAGAGCUCGCAGAAGGUCCAGAAAGGUCAACGUUAGCUCAAAGGUCAGGCUCUCUAUAUGCAAUAGUUCUGUAUGACUUUCGUGCUGAAAAGUCCGAUGAGCUUACCACUUAUGCGGGCGAAAAUCUGUUUAUCUGUGCCCACCACAACUACGAAUGGUUUAUUGCAAAGCCCAUCGGCCGCUUAGGUGGCCCGGGCUUAGUACCCGUGGGCUAUGUGAGCAUCAUAGACAUUGAUAACGGCUACGCAACAGGAAAUGAAAUUAGCGAUGACAUACGAUCGGCUAGUUUACCUACAGUGCAGGAGUGGAAAAACAAUGUUGCCAAAUAUAAAGCUAGUAACAUAUCCUUAAGCUAUCCAGAGAUGAAGCGACUGCAGGGACAAAACGCACAGGGAAACCCUUCAAGCCAACCAAACAUACCGCAUCAUGAAGCAUAUUUCCAUUCUGCAAUUACACGUGCAACGGUCGAUUCGUUCUCUCUUGAAGGUGAUAAGUUCUGGUUCAAUGUUGUGUGCGAGCUCCCGGAGAAGCGAACUCGCAUUCUGAAGCGGUAUUACGAAGACUUUUAUGACUUGCAGGUUAAACUAUUGGACACUUUCCCAGCCGAAGCAGGAAAGUUGAGAGAUACAAGAGGACAAUGGACCAAAAGAAUCAUGCCAUAUAUACCGGGGCCCGUUCCAUAUGUCACAGACUCGAUCACGAAUAAGAGGAAAGACGAUCUAAACCUAUAUGUCACUAAGUUGAUUGCGUUACCAGCGCAUAUUUCACAAUGUGAUUUAGUGAGAUCUCUCUUUAGCGUUAGAAACAACAAUUACGACAAGGAAAUGAAGCAAGACCCCAAAAUAGCUACAGGCCAGCCACCGGUAGGGCCCACGCUACACACGUCGUCUUUCUCGACGAAAGCUGAGGAUUCUACUCUCACUGGCGAUGAUCUCAAAAUGUACGAGAUGAUGAACGGGCUUUCGUUGAAGGCGUCAAAACCUCAAUCGCGCCCACCCAGUGUUGCCCCCCCACAACUGAAGCCUACGAAGGUGAAGUUUUUCUACAAAGACGACAUUUUUGCUCUUUUGCUGGACUCUAAUAUCACUUACACCGACUUGCGUGCGAGGAUCGCGCCCAGGAUUGAUAGCCCAACGUUCAAGCUGUAUAUAAAGGUGGACAAUUCUGCCGGUGAUGAAGUGAGAAGUGACCACCAAGUGGCAGAAGUAAUACAACGAAAGAUGAAAGUUCUGGUCGAAGAUGCUUAA